CCGUGAGUCGCUCUACCUGUUCCACCUGCUCUCCUUCACCCGGCCCUCCUUUGGGCGUCAGCUGAUGGACAAUCAGGAACACUGAUACUCCCGUCUGUGUUCAGUCAGGAACUCCUCAUACCCACAGAAACAAGCAAAUCUUUGUGUUUUCACUAUUUCUCUGCACUGAAGGGGCGAGGUUGUGUUUGCUUUAUUUUCUUCGUGAGCUCCUCCAGACUUUGAAGGUGGCUUCAGGAUAUUUACUAAGUGAAACAGGGACCCAUCGGCACUGAAUGCAGCAUGGGAUCUGAUGAGUCGUACAAUUUUGUCUUUAAAGUGGUUUUGAUCGGGGAGUCCGGUGUGGGGAAGAGCAACCUUCUGUCCCGCUUCACCAAGAAUGAGUUCAACCACGACAGCCGCACCACCAUCGGUGUCGAGUUCAGCACGAGAACCGUUCAGCUGGACAACUUCACCAUCAAGGCCCAAAUCUGGGACACAGCAGGGCUGGAGCGUUACAGAGCCAUCACCUCGGCGUAUUACAGAGGAGCAGUUGGAGCUCUGUUAGUGUAUGACAUCAGUAAGCAUCUGACCUAUGAGAGCGCAGAGCGAUGGUUGAAGGAGCUUUACGACCACGCAGACCCUCACAUUGUGGUCAUGCUGGUGGGGAACAAGAGUGACCUGGAGAACCUCAGGACUGUUCCCACAGAGGAGGCCAAAGACUUUGCAGACAAGAAGGGGCUCAUAUUCAUGGAGACGUCGGCACUGGACUCCACAAACGUUGAAGCUGCUUUCAACGAAGUCCUCUCAGCGAUCCAUAAAAAAGUGGCGAGCAGAGAGGUGACCCGCGGCUCCAUCAGCGCCGUGACCCUGUCCCGUCCCCUUGGAGCGAGCAGUGAGACUCAGGAGCGUAAAGGCUGCUGCAAGAGCUAAUGGACUGACCGCCGCCCUCAUAAAUAUUUCAACAGCCUUUGUUGAGCCAACAUGGUGCUUGACUGUAGCUCAAGCGUUUAACAUUCAGUCUGAUACAUAGGCGCAACAGUCAGUGUCCCAACACUUUAAAAUAUAAAAACUGUACAGUUUAUAGGUCAUUGACUUAGUGUUGCAGAUACUGAGUAAAGCCAUGUUUUAAACAUGUGUUUUUCGGUGGGGCCGAUGGGUAAUCUUUAAUUUAGUUGUGCAGAUUUUCUCCCCCCCCUUUUUUAAAAAUGUUUUUAGACGUGGUUUGUAAAGUUUUAUUGCUUUUGUAAAAGAAUGCACUGGGAAUGAGUUGGAAUAAAUUAUUUAAAUUAUUCUGUUUGCAUGUAAUUACUAUAAAAUACAGUGAUUAUAGUGAAUUUAAGAUGGUGCUAAGACUUUAUUGAGCUUGGAGUAGGACUUGUCAAAGACAACUUUUGAAAGAGUUAUUUAGAAUUUGGUCAUGCAGCUAAAAAAAGAUUUUAAGAAAAAUUUAUACUUUUUACAUUUUGUUUGAAAAUUUGAGUUUUUUUAAGUGUUGUGAUUCAAUUAAAUAAAGUCUCAAAGUAUUUA